UGUUUACUUCCCCAAUCUGAUAAUUUGAAACUCAUACACAAACAGAAUAUGACAUAUUUAGUGUUGAUUCUUGUCGUACAAAUUUUCGUCAAUACAAGUAUGCAACACCCGUCACUUUCCGUAGCAGGAAGCAGACUUUCGGCUUGUUACGGGCAUACAGGACUUGCUACGAGCGUACCUGGUAGGCAGGUGACACGACGGACAAAGAUGGCGUCUGCCAGGAUUAUGUUACCUGUCGUCGUUGUCGGAGCAAUAACCACUCUACCAAUUGGCACUAUAGCUGGUACGUCACUGAACAUGACCCAAACGCCUCCUCUCGCUUUCUUGGGACUGUCGCUUCAAUUUAAGUGUCAUCUCAAGACAAACACAACAUCUGGAGCUCUACUCUUCCAUAGGAACACUUUCAACAAGUGUUCGGUGGAGAGAGGUGAUUGUACCCAAUACGCGUCCGACAGGAAGUCCAAGACCAAGUACUCCUGUGGAUGUGGUCAGCAGGAUGACGGUAACUACGUCUACAUCCUCAACGCCUCUUCCUUACACGACGACGUUGUUGGAGACUGGAGAUGUGAACAUUACGGUUUUAGCAACAUCAUCCAUGUUAAUCUGACAGAACCUGAAGGUCCAACACAGAUACAACUGGGCAAGACAGAACCCCCGACUACGGACGUAGACGUCGUCAACCUGACCUGCUCGGCCAACUGUCUCCCUGAUUGUCGGUACAGCUGGACCAAGAGUGGACAGGAUCUGACCAGUCAAACCAGGGGGAGUCGGGGUCAAGUCUUAGAACUCAGGAAGCAGGACAGUGGAUAUUACACCUGCACAGCCGUCAACCUCUUGUCAAAUCACACCAACAGCAUAUCAUAUGUUCAGAAUGUUCCUCCAUCCCAUGACCCCGUGGCUGCUGAUGCAGGACUGUCGAUGUUUGGGUUUGGUGUGGGUGCUGGCGUCGCCGGCAGUGUGGUUGUCGUUAUAAUCGUUUCCUGCCUCGUCCUCAGAAAAUACCGGAGGAUGAAAAGGGCUGUGGAUUUCCCGUACGCCUCCACGCAGCAGUUGCCCAAUGCUGGAAUGGAACACAGCCACUACCAGGAACUCCCCACCCCCCAACUGGUUGAUGGGGGAUACAGUCUGGCGGAUGGUGACCGCGCUGAGGUGUUUACAAGGAAGGUUGACACAAAAGAAACCGACGGCACAAACACCAUCACGGCAACCAACCCGGUCUACGACCUCAUCCACGACGACAGGGUCCUACCUAAGUAAGAACAACCCCGGACUCACAUGGGCGGUCAUAGAGGUCACCAAGGUCACAUUGAACGUUGACGUCAACGUCAUAUGCAUCAGUGACGUUUCCAUACUAUAGAUUCUUUGUCACCGUCAACAUGUUCCAUUAAGCAGUACACGUGUUUCCUGUUUGUGUUAAGCUACCUUCUGGUACAGAUCUGAUGAACAUGACAUUGAGGUUAUACUUCUUCACAGUAAAGAGGCUCCACGAUCUGCUCUGCAUUGGGUCCUUCACAAAAGGGCAGCAAAUGAAUUGAAUUGAAUCGGCUGCGAGACGCACUGAUGCUGAGGAAUAAAAUGUGUCCCAGAUGCCAAUCCACAUCACAUUCAUUAAACAAUAAAAUUGGUUCCUGCACUCUGUUAAUGUAUAUAGAACAGCAAAAGAGACGCCGGUUUCGAAAAAAAAUGAAACCUCUAAAAGUAAGCGUCCAUGUUGAUGGAACGUUCAUGGUAAAGUGAAAAAAGCCAGACUUACGUUUCUUUUGCUGUUCAGUAUGUGAAUAGUUUCAAGACUGUGUUUCUUGUUUGUGGAAACCGAUUUGUACAUACGCAUAGUUGCACUAUAUUGCAGAAGAAGUGUGAAGUUAUCUUCAGAGUGUCAUUCUGUGG